AUGUUGCUGGGAUUCAUUGUGGCCGUGCUUGGCCACAUUCCCUUCAUUAUAGCCUCCUCACUCCCAGCUGAAUACACUACCACGGCUAGUUCUGAUGACAACCAUGGGAACAAGCUUGUUUUCUGCCACUUCAUGGCAUGGUACUCCACUAUCCCCCAUUGGAUCGUUGGCAUAGUUAGCAACCGCCAGAGUGCUAGCGACUAUGACGACGAUAUGAAGCGCGCCCAAUAUGCAGGCAUCGACGCUUUCGCCUUGAACAUCGGCACUGAUUCUUACACGGACACGCAGCUGGGGUUUGCGUAUCAAUCUGCCGCCAACAAUGGCAUGAAAGUAUUCAUCUCAUUUGACUUCAAUUGGUGGCAGACUAGUCAGGGCAAUGCAGUCGGUGCAAAGAUCGCGCAGUAUGCCAAUUUUCCUGCCCAGCUCAAGGUUGAUGGGAAAGUAUUUGUGUCUUCUUUCGCCGGUGAUGGUGUCGACAUCGCAGCGAUCAGAGCAGCUGCCGACAGCGAUAUAUAUUUUGCACCCAAUUUUCACCCCGGUCGGGGUGAUUUCAGCAAUAUUCAGGCCGCUCUGAACUGGAUUGCAUGGGGAAACAAUGGAAGCAAUGGGUCUCCAACUCCUAGCAAGCAGCUCGUUGUUGCCGAUAGUGAUAAUGCUUACAAGACGGCUCUUAACGGGAAGCCCUACAUCGCGUCGGUCUCACCUUGGUUCUCGACACAUUUCGGCGGCGACGUCUCUUACACCAAAAACUGGGUGUUUCCCUCUGGACUCCUGUGGUAUAACCGAUGGAGAGAAAUUCUAGCUACCAGCCCUCGCUUCGUAGAGCUUCUCACCUGGAAUGACUACGGUGAAUCGCACUACAUUGGUCCGCUAUCAUCGCCGCACAUAGACGACGGGGCCUCCAAAUGGGUCAUGGGCAUGCCCCAUAAUGGCUGGCUCGAUAUGGCAAAGCCUUUCAUAGCCGCCUACAAAGCUGGCUCAAAACUGCCAAUCCGUUUCCUCGACGAAGAAAAGCUGGUCUACUGGUACCGAACGACCCCCAAGAAUGUCAACUGUGAUGCAACCGACACGACAAUGCAAGGGUGCUCCAACAGCUGGAGUGGCAACUUCGUCUGUGGACGACCCGAUGGCGCGGAUAACAUGACCGACGAGGUGUUCAUCGUAACGAUGCUGAAGACUCCUGCUACCGUGCAUGUGCAGUCUGGCCGCAUGGCUGAAACUUAUGAUGCCAAGGCCGGAAUGUGGUCGCACUCUGUGCCGAUGGGUGUGGGUAGACAGAGCUUCAAGGUUGUUCGUGAAGGAAAGACGGUUGAUUGUCUGUGUGGGAUUAGUCGGAGGGAUAUUACUGACACGUGUCCCUGUGGCAUCUACAAUUUCAAUGCUUAUGUGGGCACUCUGCCGGCGGAAGCCUCUGUUGACCGGCUGCAGCCGGCUGGAUUGGCACUGUUGUCGCAGGGAUUGCAGAUCGCAUGUCCGACUACUCUGGGUGCCAGAUGA